AUGGCUGCAAUAUCUUUAGAAUACGAAGGUAUCGUGUUUAUGUUACAGACAUCUCAUGACGGCAUUGACGCAACUUCUAUUACUAGUGGCAUUGAAAAUGAAAUAAAGAAAGCAGGGGCAAACUUCAGUAAAAUGAAAAAAUCCUCCAUUAAAAGAAAAGUUCAAAAUUUUAGCCAUGAGUCUGACGAAGGUAUAAUAGAACCACUAUUGCAAAUAGAGAAAGAAAAAGCCGAAAUCGUUAAUAAAAGUGCCAAGUUCUUAUUAAAUAAAUCUAAGAUUGAUUCCUCCUAUGAAAGAGUUAACAAAAGUUCAGAUAAUUUUGCUUUAUCGGGAAGCACCUUAUCAACGCCUCCUAGUAAAGUAAUCAGUGCUACUUUGAAAGACAGUCAAUCAUCAACUUCAUACAUAUGUGGAACUGCACCUAUGCAUAAUCAUAUGAACACUAACGUUUUUAGUACAUACGAUGUUUCAAAAGGCAUACCUGCACCUAAAAAUCAAAUACUUGUAGAAAUAGAUGGGUGUAAACCGGGGAAUUAUAAUCCAAGUCCAUUAAUUUUCACAACUGCAAAAAUUCACACAGACAGUAAAUCAAAAUUAAUGGAACCGGUACAAACAACACCAGUCCCAAUAUUAUCAACGAUUGAAGGUAAUGUUGUAAAAACAUUAACUAAUAACAGUGAGCGUCAUGUAAACAGCUUGCCAACAAAAUCUGUCGAUCAAAUUAUAACUAAUAAAACUAGUAAACUUGAUACGAACGAAUUACAAUCGGAUAAAGGAAAAGCACAUAUUUCAACAACAGUAACUACUGUUUCUUCUAAAAAGGACGAUAUAAGUUUAAAAGAGGUAACUAAUCUAAAUGAAUGUAAAAAUAAAAAUGUAAAAGAUGCACCUGAGACGCGUAUAAGCCAAAACACAGGUAUAACAACAACAGGUAUAACAAAGAAUAAUACCAAAAGUAUGUUGCCAACUACAAAAAAUUCUAGUAAUUUAACGACUCCUAAAAAUAUGAAAGAUGUUGCCGAUAGUUUGGCUAAUAAUAAAUUAAGUACUGAUUCAGCACCUGUUAGCACAAAUUCAUCUACAGAAACAUCAAUAUCCUAUAAAAAUCAAACGACACUGAGUGAAAUGUCACUAUUACCUGAUAAAAAUAAAAGUACUGCGCUUAUAGCUAGUGACAAUGAAGCCCUAAAGUCUAACGUGCAGCCUGUUGAUUUGCUAAUGGAAGAUAAUAAAUCUAUAUAUUUAAAACAAACGAAGGAAUCACAUUGUGAUGACAAUGUAACGUCAGCAAGCAAAAUUAGCCCACUUCCUGGCAAAUUAACAAAUGAUGAAAUGACUAGGGCCGUAAAAUUAAAAGAAUCAAUAGUAGACGAUAAAAGAGAUGAUACAAAUACAUUCAAGACACCAAUUGCUAGUGCUAGUAAAAAAUUACAACGUCAGAAAAACGCUGCAGUAAAUGAAAUAAAUGAAACAAAUAAUAUUUUCAGCUCGUUCUCAGUUGAAAAAAGUAGCAUUGCUCAAGAGUUUGAUAAGAAAUUUAUAACAAAUAAUGAGAAAGUUUCUUCCUGCAAAGGCGAUUAUAAAAGGGACGGUACUUACUCUUCUGAGAAAUUUUCUACUGGUACAAAAUCGAGCCCGAUAAAUGAAACACGGCCAACUACAACGCCAUCGCUACCAAAAUCUAUAGAUGAAGCAAGUUCAAAGUCGAAAGUAAAAUUGACUACUGAGGUGACACACGUAAGCCCUGUGACCUUUACUACUUUUGAAGAUGUUACCAAAACUCAAACUAAAUCUUCAAUAGUGUCGACGACACCUAGCACAAAAAAUAAUACAAAUAUAACUUCUGUGGUUACCAUAAAAUCACAAUCAUCUUCGAAAGCCUGUACCGGUAACACGUCAGUAAUGGAAACAUUCAGUAAACCUGAUAAAUCAAGUAAUGAUACUGUGGUCCCUACGACUAGUAAAUACAUUUCAUCAGUUAAAUGUGAUAGUACAACUGCUUCUACAACUCUUCCUUUGUAUAUUGUUUCUACAUCUAAAACAAAAAUAGGUUCAACGUUGACUACUGAUACUUUAAAAAAUACCACGAAAUCUUCAUCUCAACAACCUUUUGCUGAAAUAGUUUAUACAUCAACUGAAACCGAAAAAACGACUCAGGCCACGAAACUAAGAGACGGAUCUACGUUGAUUACAUCUUCUUCAAGUUCUGCUAACCAUUCUAAUUUCACUCAACAAACAAAAACGAAAACUGACACUUGUUUCAAAGAUGGUAGAGUUUAA